GUACAGCAAAGGAGACAGCCACACUUAGUGCAAGCAACAGCCCUCUAGAGCACUGUCUCCUGUGCUGCGCCUACCAUGCCGGUGACUGAGAAAGACCUGGCUGAGGAUGCUCCUUGGAAGAAGAUUCAGCAAAACACCUUCACCCGCUGGUGCAAUGAACACCUGAAAUGUGUGAACAAGAGGAUUGGGAACUUGCAGACUGACCUGAGCGAUGGUCUGCGGCUCAUCGCCCUGCUGGAGGUCCUGAGCCAGAAGCGGAUGUAUAGAAAGUACCACCAGAGACCCACCUUCAGCCAGAUGCAACUGGAGAAUGUCUCGGUGGCUUUGGAAUUUCUAGAUCGAGAGAAUAUCAAGUUGGUUUCCAUAGACAGUAAAGCUAUUGUGGAUGGGAACUUGAAGCUCAUCCUCGGCAUGAUAUGGACCCUUAUUCUGCAUUAUUCCAUCUCUAUGCCUGUUUGGGAAGACGAAGGUGACGAAGAGAGCAAAAACCAAACACCAAAGCAGAGACUGCUUGGCUGGAUUCAAAACAAGAUUCCUUAUUUGCCCAUCACAAACUUCAGCCAUAAUUGGCAGGAUGGCAAAGCCCUCGGAGCACUGGUUGACAGCUGUGCACCAGGUUUGUGUCCAGACUGGGAAACCUGGGAUCCGAGCAAACCUGUUGAUAAUGCACGGGAGGCAAUGCAGCAAGCAGAUGAUUGGUUGGGAGUUCCUCAGGUAAUCACUCCAGAAGAGAUCAUUCAUCCAGGUGUGGACGAACACUCUGUAAUGACAUACUUGUCACAGUUCCCAAAAGCUAAAUUAAAACCAGGGGCUCCCUUAAAGCCCAAGCUCAAUCCUAAAAAAGCAAGAGCAUAUGGACGAGGUGUUGAACCAACUGGGAACAUGGUCAAGAGACCAGCACCUUUUACGGUGGAGACCAUCAGUGCAGGUCAAGGAGAGGUACUGGUCUUUGUGGAAGACCCAGAAGGAAUUCGGGAAGAGGCUAAAGUUACCGCCAACAAUGAUAAGAAUAAGACCUUUUCUGUGGAAUAUACCCCAAAAGUAACAGGACUUCAUAAGGUGACUGUCCUUUUUGCAGGUCAGCAUAUUUUAAAGAGCCCAUUCGAAGUCAACGUGGAGAAGGCACAAGGGGAUGCCAGUAAAGUCAGUGCCAAAGGCCCAGGAGUGGAGCCAACAGGGGUCAUUGCCAAUAAGCCCACCUAUUUCGACAUUUACUCUGCAGGAGCUGGUGUUGGGGAUAUCGGUGUAGAGGUGACAGAUCCCAAAGGCAAGAUAGUUGAAGUAGCCCUUGAAGAUAAAGGAAAUUAUGUUCAUCGCUGUACUUACAAAUCUGUUAAGGCUGGCCCUCACGUUGUCAACAUUAGUUUCGGAGGAGAACCUAUCCCCAAAAGUCCAUACAACAUCAUAGUUGGUGAAGCUUGUAACCCUAAUGCCUGCCGUGCUAGUGGACGUGGCCUGCAGCCUAAAGGUGUGCGUAUAAGAGAGAAUGCUGAUUUUAAGGUCGACACAAAAGGUGCAGGAAGCGGUGAACUCUCAGUUGCUAUUAAAGGACCAAAAGGCUUGGAGGAGAUUGUGAAAGAGCUAGACUUUGUUGACGGUGUCCAUUCAUUCGAGUACUAUCCCAUUCAUACUGGAAAAUAUGUGGCUGCUAUCACCUGGGGAGGCCACCACAUACCGAAAAGCCCAUUUGAGAUUCAGAUUGGCCCUGAUGCUGGGCCUCAGAGGGUGCGAGCUUGGGGUCCCGGGCUUUCUGGAGGUGUGGUUGGCCAUUCAGCAGACUUUGUGGUGGAAUCAAUUGGUACAGAGGUUGGUGCUCUAGGGUUUGCCAUUGAAGGACCAUCCCAAGCAAAAAUUGAAUGCAAUGACCAAAGUGACGGGUCUUGUGAUGUGAAAUAUUGGCCUACUGAGCCAGGAGAAUAUGCUGUCCAUGUUAUGUGUGAUGAUGAAGACAUUAAGAAUAGUCCUUUCAUGGCUUAUAUUCAGCCUUCUUCAGGAAACUUGAAUCCAGACAAGGUUAAAGCUUACGGUCCAGGAUUGGAGAAGACGGGCUGUAUUGUUGGAAAUCCAGCUGAUUUUUUUGUAGAUCCAAAGGAAGCUGGGGAUGCCCCUCUAAGUGCUUAUGCUCAAGAUGUAGAAGGGAAUCCUGUAUACAUUACUUCAAAACCCAAAAAGGAUGGAGUUUAUGCCUUCUCAUAUAAUCCAACCAAAGCUAUAAAGCACACAGUCACUGUGACAUGGGGUGGUGUUAAUGUCCCAAAAAGUCCUUUUAGGGUCAGCAUUGGCCAGGGAAGCCAUCCGCACCUUGUUAAAGUUUUUGGUCCUGGAGUGGAAAAAUCUGGCUUGAAAGCAAAUGAACCAACGCAUUUUACAGUUGACUGUACAGAGGCAGGAGAAGGUGACGUCAGCGUUGGAAUAAAGUGUGACGCUCGUGUGAUCAGUGAUGAAGAACAUGACAUUGACUUUGAUAUCAUUCCCAAUGCCAAUGACACUUUCACCGUGAAAUACAUGCCACCUGCGGCUGGGCGAUACACCAUUAAGGCCCUUUUUGCUGGAGAGGAAAUUCCAAGCAGCCCUUUUCGCGUUAAGGUUGACCCAUCACAUGAUGCCAGCAAGGUGAAGGCUGAGGGGCCUGGACUGAACAAAUCAGGUGUCGAGAAUGGGAAACCAUCUCACUUUACAGUCUAUACCAAAGGAGCUGGCAAAGCCCCGGUUGAUGUUUCCUUCACUGGACCAGAACCCGGAGAUGCUGUGAAAGACUUUGAGAUUAUUGACAACUAUGAUUAUUCUCACACUGUUCGAUACACACCAAUCCAGCAGGGGAAAAUGAAGGUUGCGGUGAAUUAUGGCGGAGACCCUAUUCUUAAAAGUCCAUUUACAGUGGGUGUUGCUGCUCCUCUUGAUCUCAGCAAAAUUAAAAUAAAUGGCCUGGAUACUAGAGUGGAAGUUGGGAAGGAUCAGGAGUUCAUGGUUGAUACAGAAGGUGCUGGUGGACAGGGGAAGCUGGAUGUGAAGGUAUUGAACCCAAACAACAGAUCAGUGCCAUGUCUUGUGGAACCAGUUCCUGGCAAGGAAUGCAGUACUGCGAAAUAUAUCCCUAAAGAAGAAGGUCUCUACAAUGUUGACGUGAGUUAUGAUGGGAAUCCAGUUCCUGGAAGUCCAUUUACAGUGGAAGCCAUGUUGCCUCCAGAUCCCACAAAGGUCAAGGCAUAUGGUCCGGGUCUCCAAGGAGGUCUUGUUGGAAAGCCAGCAGAGUUUACCAUUGACACCAAAGGAGCUGGUACUGGUGGAUUGGGCCUUACUGUUGAAGGUCCAUGUGAAGCCAAAAUUGAAUGCUCAGAUAAUGGUGAUGGCACAUGUUCAGUCUCCUACCUCCCUACUACACCUGGAGAAUAUUUUGUGAACAUCCUUUUUGAAGAGACCCAUAUUCCAGGGUCACCAUUCCAAGCUGAUAUUGAAAUGCCUUUUGAUCCAUCCAAAGUUGUUGCCACAGGUCCUGGUUUAGAACGUGGUAAAGUUGGGGAAACGGGUCUGGUUCAUGUGGACUGUUCACAAGCUGGACCUGGAAACCUAGCAGUGGAAGCAGUCUCUGAUUCUGGUUCUAAGGCCGAAGUUUACAUACAGGAUAACAAAGAUGGAACUCACGCGGUCACCUAUGUACCACUGUACGCUGGAAUGUACACACUGUCUAUGAAAUAUGGUGGAGAAAAAGUGCCAAAGUUUCCUGCUCGUGUAAAGAUUGACCCUGCUGUAGAUACCAGUAAAGUAAAAGUUUUUGGACCUGGUGUUGAAGGUGGAGAGGUUUUCAGAGAGGCCACAACAGCCUUUACUGUUGAUGCUCGACCAUUGACAAAAACCGGUGGCGAUCAUAUCAAAACCAAAAUCCGGAAUCCAUCUGGAGCCUCCACAGACUGUGUCGUCAAUGAUAAUGGGGAUGGGACCUAUGAAGUGGAGUACACUCCUUACGAAAAUGGUGUUCAUGCAGUGAAGGUAACAUACGAUGGCGAGCCUGUUCCAAAAAGUCCAUUUAAAGUAGAUGUAACCGAGGGAUGCUUUCCGUCACGUGUCAGCGCAAAUGGAACUGGGCUAAAGGAGGCGUUUACAAACAAACCAAAUGCCUUCUCGGUGAUCACAAGGGGGGCUGGAAUUGGAGGACUUGGUAUUACAGUGGAAGGACCUUCUGAAUCCAAAAUGUCCUGCAAGGAUAAUAAAGAUGGUAGCUGUAGUGUAGAAUACAUCCCUUAUGCUCCUGGAGAAUAUGAUGUGAACAUCACUUACAAUGGAGAACAUAUCCCAGGAAGCCCCUUCAAAGUCCCAGUGAAAGAUGUUGUAGAUCCAGCCAAGGUUAAGAUAAAUGGUCCUGGAUUGGGAACUAGUGUCCGGGCAAAAAUCCCUCAACAGUUUACUGUGGAUUGCAGCAAAGCAGGUGUUGCACCCCUCAAUGUGCAGGUGACGGGACCAAGAGGACUGGUCGAGCCAGUUGACAUAGCAGACAAUGGCGAUGGAACCCACACCGUGAGCUACACACCAACUGUGGAGGGUCCAUACACUGUGUCCGUCCAGUAUGCAGAUGAAGAGAUCCCCCGAAGUCCUUUCAAGGUGAAAGUUCUUCCUACAUACGAUGCCAGCAAAGUGAAAGCUACUGGCCCCGGACUCAGUUCCCAGGGGAUUCCUGCCAGCCUUCCUGUUGAUUUUGCCGUUGAUGCCAAGGAUGCGGGGCAAGGCGCACUGUCUGUCCAAAUUACAGACCAGGAAGGCAAACCAAAAAAAGCACAGAUUUUGGAUAACAAAGAUGGCACCUAUGCUGUUUCAUAUGUUCCUGAUAAAACUGGACGCUAUCAGGUGGCUGUGAAGUAUGGAGGUGAUGACAUUCCAUCCUCCCCUUACAGAAUUCGGGCGACCCAAGUUGGUGAUGCCAGCAAAUGCAAAGCUGAAGGCCCUGGAAUUCAGUCAGCAGUAAAGACUGGGGAAGAGGUUGGUUUUGUGGUGGAUGCCACCACCGCAGGUAAAGGAAAGGUAACCUGCACUGUAUUGGACCCAGAUGGCCUAGAAUCAGAAGCCGAUGUCAUAGAAAAUGCGGAUGGGACUUACGACAUCUUUUACACUACAGCUAAAACUGGACCUUAUGUCAUACACGUCCGAUUUGGUGGAGUGGACAUUCCAAACAGCCCGUUCACAGUUAUGGCUACAGAUGAAGUCCCAGUUGUGGUCCAGAAUCAGGGUCUUAAUGCAGCCCCACCUGGAUACCAGGAUUUGGUUUCUGAGACAGAUUACCCUACCAUUGGAUCGGUGAACGGCAUGGGAUUUAAACCUUUUGAUCUAGUUAUUCCUUUUGCCAUAAGGACUGGAGAAAUCACAGGAGAAGUUCACAUGCCUUCCGGGAAAACUGCCCCAGCAGAUAUUGUUGAUAACAAAGAUGGCACUGUUUCUGUCCGAUAUAUUCCCACUGAGACCGGCCUCCACGAGUUACAUAUUAAAUGUGAUGGAUCUCAUAUCCCAGAGAGCCCUCUUCAAUUUUAUGUGAAUUAUCCGGAUACCGGAAGUGUUUCUGCGUUUGGGCCAGGUCUUAUAUAUGGAGUCGCCAAUAAACCAGCAACAUUCACCAUUGUCACAGAAGAUGCAGGGGAAGGUGGUCUUGAUUUGGCAAUUGAAGGACCCUCUAAAGCGGAGAUCAGCUGCUUUGAUAAUAAAGAUGGAACCUGCACUGUCACCUAUCUGCCAACCUUGCCUGGAGAUUACAAUAUUCUGGUGAAGUACAAUGACACGCACAUUGCAGGAAGCCCUUUCGUUGCUAAAAUCACUGAUGACAACCGGAGACGUUCCCAAGUAAAACUCGGUUCCACUGCUGACUUCCUGUUGGAUAUCAAUGAAAGCGAUCUAAGCCUACUAUCAGCCAGCAUCAAGGCCCCAUCUGGACACGAUGAGCCCUGCAUCUUAAAAAGACUUCCAAACAAUCAUAUUGGUAUCUCCUUUAUUCCACGAGAGGUUGGGGAACAUCUUGUCAGCAUAAAGAAAAAUGGCCGCCACGUCCCAAACAGUCCAAUAUCAAUCAUGGUUUAUCAGUCAGAAAUUGGAGAUGCCAGCAAGGUGAAGGUUUUUGGUCCUGGGUUAACAGAAGGGCGCACAUUUGAGAUGUCUGAUUUUGUGGUGGAUACUAGAGAGGCAGGCUAUGGGGGUCUAUCUCUAUCAGUGGAAGGACCCAGCAAAGUAGACAUCCAAACUGAAGACCUGGAAGAUGGCACAUGCCAAGUAUCUUAUUGUCCAACUGAGCCUGGUGUUUACAUUAUAUCCAUCAAAUUUGCUGAUGAACAUGUUCCAGGAAGCCCAUUCACGGCCAAAGUUACCGGUGAGGGAAGAGUAAAGGAGAGCAUUGUGCGUAGAAGAAAAGCUCCCUCCGUGGCCACUGUAGGGGGUAUCUGUGAACUAAAUUUAAGAAUACCAGAGAUCAACAAGAGUGAACUGACUGCACAGGUUACCAGUCCUUCUGGAAGAACAGAUGAGGCAGAAAUUGUAGAUCUGGACCAGAAUACUUCCUGUGUGCGCUUUGUACCCCAAGAGAUGGGGGUGCACACGGUAAGCGUAAAAUACAGAGGGGACCAUGUGCCAGGCAGCCCCUUCCAGUUCACUGUGGGUCCGCUGGGUGAAGGAGGAGCUGAAAAAGUGAAGGCUGGAGGCCCAGGCUUGGAGAGAGGAGAAGCAGGUGUCCCAGCUGAAUUCAGUAUUUGGACAAGGGAAGCUGGAGCUGGUGGUCUGUCCAUUGCAGUGGAAGGCCCAAGCAAGGCUGAGAUUUCAUUUGAAGACCGUAAAGAUGGUUCCUCUGGCGUGUCCUAUAUUGUUCAAGAACCAGGUGACUACGAAGUGAUCAUCAAGUUCAACGAUGAGCAUAUUCCCCAGAGCCCAUUCAUGGUCCCCAUCAUCGCCCAUUCUGAUGACGCCCGCAGACUCACUGUAACUAGCCUUCAGGAAUCUGGAUUAAAGGUGAAUCAACCAGUAUCUUUUGCUAUAAGACUUAAUGGCGCAAAGGGAAAAGUAGAUGCUAAAGUACACAGCCCGUCUGGUGCGGUGGAGGAAUGUCAUGUUUCUGAGUUGGAGCCAGAUAAAUAUGCUGUCCGCUUCAUUCCAAGAGAAAAUGGAAUCCAUUCCAUUGAUGUUAAGUUUAAUGGCAGCCAUGUUCCAGGAAGCCCCUUCAAGGUCCGAGUUGGGGAACCAGGGCAAGAAGGUGACCCAGCUCUUGUCACAGCUUAUGGUGCCGGUCUGGAGCGAGGAGUUACCGGCAAACUGUCAGAGUUUAUCAUCAAUACAAGUAAAGCUGGCCCAGGGUCUCUCUCUGUUACAAUUGAAGGACCUUCCAAAGUAACUAUGGAGUGUAAGGAAUGUCCAGAAGGUUACAAAGUCCUCUACACCCCCUUGGCUCCUGGCACUUACAUGAUUGGUGUGAAGUAUGGCGGGCCCAAUCACAUUCUCGGCAGCCCUUUCAAAGCAAAAGUCACAGGUCAGCGACUUGUAAGUAUUGGUGGAGCUACUGAAACGUCCUCCAUAAUAGUGCAAUCAGUAACCCGAGCGUCCACUGAGACUGUGUACAGCGCUAUUCCUCGAUUUGCAUCUGACGCAAGCAAGGUGACAUCCAAAGGUGCAGGUCUGUCGAAAGCAUUUUUAGGACAAAAGAGCACUUUCACAGUUGACUGCAGCAAAGCAGGUUCGAACAUGCUUUUGGUGGGUGUCCAUGGACCCACGAUACCAUGUGAAGAAGUUUCCAUAAAACAUCUUGGAAACAAACAAUACAACGUGACCUACCAUGUGAAGGAGAAAGGAGACUAUACCUUGGUUGUAAAAUGGGGUGAAGAACACAUUCCAGGAAGCCCUUUCCACGUCUCCGUCCCGUAAUCUCCCAUCAGGGUCUUUCCUGAAAGGAAUACAUUUUCAAUUGUAAUUCAGGAUAGGAACCCAAAAGAUCAGUUUGCUUCUGUGCGAAAGAUGUUUGACGGGGAAAAAAUAUAUGAAAAUAUUCCUUGUAAUUUUAUACCUGACUUUUUUAUACAAGAGAAUUUAAAAUUUUACGUGCAUUUUUAGACGUCCUUCAAUAAUUUAAGUGCAAAUCCUAGUUGUGUCUCUUCAUGGCGAAUGGGGCUUAUUUAUACUUGGCAAUAUUAUUAACCCCAUAGCUGCAGAGAAGGAUAACAAGUGUAAAUCAAGAGAACCGAAAUACAUAAAAUAAAUUUCAAGAAUUUUGUAACGAUGAUCUAAAUUAGAUAAGGUUCUAACUUCUGAAGAGAUUUAAACAAACUUGCCAUUAUUGGGUAGAAAGUAACUACUGAGAAUCACUGUUUUUGUAGUCCUCCAUAUAGUGUAAUGUUGAAAUUAAUAAAAAUAAAAGUGUAGUCUGUCAA